AUGACAGUUGAAAAGUGUCAAAGGUACCUCAGUGAUGUGAGACGAAUGUUUUUUUUUAUUGUGUUGCUGAUAUUUUUGGACAAUUCGCCCUCAACGUGUAGGGGUGAAGAGUACGACAGAGAUGGCCGUAAACUAUUCGGAGGAUAUAAGAUAACACCAUCGUAUUGCAAGGCAAGCCGAGCGGCAAAAUAUAACAGAGGCAAUACAAUAUGCAUGUUUAAUCAUGAAUGCGUGCAAAGAGGCGGAGAGGUCGUUGGUGCAUGCAUGGAUGGAUUUCUCUUCGGAGCAUGCUGUCAGCUACGUUCAGACAGCCAAUCGCAUUUACCCAAAGGCCCCGGUGUCGUUAUGACCAGUUACCUAGAUUACCCUGACCCUGAAACGGAGACUGAUGAUUAUGAUGGUGAGCAGUUGAGUGCUUGGCAUAAUAGUUUCAAACCAGUAAUCACCCCCGGAUACAGACCAAGUACAAACCCAGUGUCUACAUCUACAAUGAAGACGGAGCAAGAUCUCAGUACUGAAAGUCACCAAGCAGAAAUCAUAUCUGAAGGUUUCAAUCAAAUUACAAAUACUCUCUUAAGUACUCCGCCUAAAGAUAACAGUUUCUAUAUUAAACCAGAAGAUGUAUACACACACAGCACGAUAAAUCACGUCGUUGCUGAUACUAUACUUCUACAUAAGAAUGGUUCAGAAGUUAACGACGUUGUAAGACCAUCAGAUUUUAAUAUUCAAAUAUCUUCAAUGCAAACUAAGCCAACAGUUCCACCAACUUCUACAUCAGUUCAUUCUCCUUCAAUUAUUGUAUCAACACAUCGACCGGUAUACAAACCUGUAUUUAAACCAAAGCCAGUAAAUAAAACAACGACAAAACAUCCUACAACAGAAAACUAUGUGAUGGUAUCUACUAUUACAAAAGAUACGCAAAAAAUGCCAGAACUAUCAUCUAUAAAUAGUAUUAUACAAAUGCUCAAUGAGAGUACUCCUAGUAUGAAAGAUGAUGUAAGUUCUCCAUCCACUUUAGAUGUUAUGGAAACCAAAUCUUCACCAGCUCCAUCUACAGUUACGCCCGUAUCAUACAGUAGUAGUUUUCCUAAUUAUUACAUAACUACUGGACACUAUGUUACACUCAAACCAUCAACAUAUCCCAGCAGUACACAACAUGUUUCAUAUUUAAAUAAGAAACCUGUGUCAACGAAAAAACCUUCUUACGGUAAUAUUUAUACAACACCAAAUAGCAUACCUCAAGAUGAUAGACCCAUCAAACCAUAUUAUUCAUCACCUAAACCUAGUCAAUCAACUAGCCAAGACAUAGAUGCAUUUAAUCGAUAUCCCACUAACCCAGAUGAAUUCGGUGAAUCUAUUACAACAUUUAGUUAUGUGAGCUCAACAACUACGUCUAAACCUACUACAACUACCAGAAAACCGCCCUCUACAAGCUACGUCACGGGAUCAAAGCCAUUAAAAAGACCGGUUACUUCGUCAUCAAACUUCGUAUCAUCAAAGCCUUUGAAAAGACCAGCAACUACUCCUUCGAAUUUCUUAUCAACUUAUGACGCCGCUGACUCCUUCUCAAGUGUAACACCAACAGUCAUCGUAUUAAAUAAUCCCAAUAUAGGAACAUCUGGGGAAGAGACACAAUUCGUGGAAAUUUCUCAAGAACCAUUCAAGAAACCCGUGAGUCAAAUAACGGUAAAUAAUCAUAUUGAAUCCACGAAUAACAUUUACAUGGGAAAACCACCUCAAAGUACUGAAAAACCAAAACCACAAACAUCUUAUGAAAGGCCAUCUUCACCAACAGUUGUUAUAACACCAAAGCCUUCACCUGUAACCACACCUUAUCCAAUUAGAAUUUCAGCAACUGGGCCAUCUUCAACAUCAAGCACUCCUAGCUAUGAUUCCUAUACAGAAUAUCAAUCAACGACCACUACGAAAACAGAAAUGCAAACGUCUCCUGAUAAUUUUAUAAAUUUCCCACCCGUUAGAAAUCCAAUGCUUAACUCCAAUGGAACUAAUUCAAGCAUUUUCAACACAAGCGUGUCUAUAUCUGAUAAUGAAUUGGAUGACAUGGACUUUUCAACGCCAACCUGGCAAGAUGAUGAUAAGUUAAAUGAUAAAAUGAAUCUAUUCGUAAACAAAAUCGUAGGCAGCCUCCAGGGUACCUUCCAGGAGCUUCAUGACAUAGUUAUCCUUGACAAAAAGCCAAACACGACAAUUGUACGUGAUAAAACAACUACAGUUAAGCCUCCAAAGAAAACUGUCCCGACUCGAAAACCAGUUACAACUACGAGAAAACCUGCUAGAAUUACAACUACAACAAAGAAACCGGUAAAAACUACUAAAAAACCAGUCAAACAAACAACACCUUCUAAGAGAACUACCACGACUACAACAACCACAACAACAACAACCGCCGCACCAACUACAACGACAAAAAGACCUGUGACCACCACAAAGAAAUCGAAGCCGACAAAAAAAGUCACCACGACCACCGUUACAACGACGGUAACAGAGCAAGAUGAGAUAACAACGGAACAACCUCAGGUCAUUGACUAUAAUGAUAAGAAUUUAUGUGGAGUUCGUCCAAUGAUGAAAUCAGGUCGUAUAGUUGGUGGCAAGGACGCUAAAUUCGGCGAGUGGCCUUGGCAAGUUUUAGUCAAAGAGUCAACGUGGAUGGGUCUCGUCGUCAAGAACAAAUGUGGUGGUGUCCUUAUCACCAACAGAUUCGUAACAACCGCUGCUCAUUGUCAGCCUGGAUUCCUAGCAUCUCUGAUAGCGGUGUUCGGUGAGAAUGAUUUGUCAAAGGACGCUGAGCCUCGGAGACCGAUCGCCAAGAACGUGCGGCGUGUGAUCGUGCAUCGACAGUACGAUGCCGCGACGUUUGAAAACGACCUCGCCCUCUUGGAGCUGGACACACCCGUGCAAUUCGAUGCUCACAUAGUACCGAUCUGCAUGCCUCAGGACGACACAGAUUUCACGGGACGAGUCGGAACCGUCACUGGUUGGGGUCGUCUUACGUACAAUGGAGUAGUGCCUUCAAUUCUACAAGAAGUUCAGGUUCCCGUGAUCGACAACAGCGCUUGCCAGGAGAUGUUCCACGCAGCAGGCCACGCUAAGAAGAUACUUAAUUCGUUCAUCUGUGCUGGUUACGCGAAUGGUCAGAGAGAUUCUUGUGAAGGCGACAGUGGUGGUCCCCUAGUGCUGCAGCGCGAUGAUGGUAAAUGGCAAUUAGUGGGUACUGUAUCCCAUGGUAUAAAAUGUGCAGCUCCUUACUUACCAGGAGUGUACAUGAGGACUACAUAUUACAAGCCGUGGCUAAAAUCUUUAACAGGAGUUCGUUAAUUAUAUUAGAAUAGUCAAUUAAAGUCCAUUCCUCAAAACGAGUUCC